AGUGGUAGAUUCCAUUCAAGAUGGCGGUCUUUAUUUUGGUCGAAAACGUUGUGUGCCAAGCAACGGGGUUUUUGUCCAUUAUUUAGCAAAAAUGUGUGGAUACAAAUCAUCUGAAGGGUUUUAAGUGAUAUAACAGAUAUCCAGGACUAUGGAGAACUCAAAUGUUGAGAACGUAGCUUCUUCGUUGGUCCGGGAAUACCUAAGUCGGAAGGGCCUGAAGGGCACACUACAGACCAUGGACAGUGAGAUGCCGAGGUCAGAGGGCAGCAUCAGUAACCGGCUGCAGCUGGCCAAGGAGCUGCAUCUGGAAUACCUGAUGAAGAAGAACAAGGAGUGCUCCCCUCCACUACGAGCGAUGCUGGAAGUCAUGACCAAGUACUUCCUACAAAAGAUAGACGUCGGCAGAGAGGACAAGAGACAAUCUUCAGGCUCAAGACCAUCUUCAAGAAUGUCUUCAGAACGUCCCUCAAGCAGAAGUGCCUCUCAUUCAAAAGCGCCAUCGGACGAUUCCGGUUUCCAUAGCAACCAAUCCAACCAUCACGCAAAGCGAGCGUCGAAGGGCUCCGCACUUGGCCUCGACAUCCACAAUGUUGAGGAUGAGGAAGGAAUGGGGAGCACGGCUAUCUCUGAUGUCAGCAAAGCUGGUGUACACAGUACUGUCGAGGAGUCUGUGCUACAGUUGAAGAAGGAAACAAGUAGCAAGAUGGCGGCAACAGACGCCAGGGACACGGCGGAAGCUACGCAAACGAAAAAGAGCCGUCCUAAUUCAUCCCGGGGUUUGCGGAGCGGAAUGAUGGCUGGACCAAUCAUGAGCAGCCAAGACAACCGGUCGUCAAGAAGAGGUAGAGCGCCAUCCAACCGUCCCAACUUGGCAAUAAACUUGGGAACAGAGAACAAACUGGACUUCACCAAAGAUCCUACCAACGUAGACAGUCCCAUUAGCAAAUAUUCUGAGAGCAAAGUCAGUUCAAGUACUCUAAGCAGUAGUUUAACUAGAAAAGACUCUUCGUCAGACUCUAACUUAGGAAGUGACAAGUCACUAUAUGUUGCAAAAGACCCUGCCAAAAAAACUGUAUCUGAAGAAGAAAACGACUACUUCGAUAGCAAAAGACCAACGUCCGGUAGCAAACUUGUCAAAUCUACCAGUUUGGACGACAAAGUUGUCAGUCCGAAUGUCGGAACGAGGACUAAAGCUCACGAUAAAAGAAGAAAAAGCGCGGAACCAGAAAGUUUAGCGGCAAAACUAGAUGGAAAGAUAUCCCCAACACCCAACAACUUAAGUCAGACGAACAGAAGUUCGUCCAACCCUUCGGAGAUCCUUACAGACAUAAGCCAAGACACCUUGACAGAGCAGCUGGCGGCAAGGAGGGAAGCAAGGGCCAAGACACGACCCAAGACGUCCGAAAAUGGCGGGAGUAGCAGGAUGGACAAACUUAAGGAAAGGUUGAAAAACUUGGAGGAUAGUUUUGAUGACAAUGGAUCUAACAAUAGCAAGUCAAGGAAGUCCAACAGUAGCUCCUCUAAUAGUAAUACCAAGAAGUUUGGCGACCUUGAAAUGGGAGAUGUGGAUGACCUUGAGGAUGACCUGGGUGACCUUGCCCUAUCUGCACCUGCACCAAGCAUCAAGCCAUUGGCUGAUGCUCAACCAAUCACUGCAGAGACUGCAGCUGAGUUGAAAACAUUGCUGUUUGGGUCAGCCUCAGAACAGUUCAAUGCAGAAUGGAGGAACCAGAGUCUGAGUUUCUGUGAUACAGAGGGACUGCGGUUUGGGAUUGUACAGAACAAGGGUGGACCCUGUGGUGCACUAGCAGCUAUCCAGGCCUGUAUGCUGAAGAGACUGUUGUUUGGGGAGGCUCGGGACAAGACGGCAAACGCUCACAGAUUGCUGAGUCCUGACUCUAGGCUGAGGUCAGAGUGUCUAGCAUUGGGACUUGCUGACUUACUAUGGAGGGCUGGGAGGAAGAAACUGGCUGUAGUGGCAAUGCCUUCAGGACGAAAACAGUUCCAGGGAGGGGCCAGAUACAGACAGGAUAACCUAACAGAAACUCUGAUGCUGAACACUGUGGACUCCCAGGGGGAUUUGGAAGCUUUUAUCAAACAGAACAUUUCUCUGUUUGAGACCAACCAGUAUGCCACUAUUCUGGUCCUGUACUCUGCAAUCCUGUCUAGAAGUAUUGACCAUGUCAUCUCUGACAUGGAUGAGCCCACUACCAAGUUGAUAGGAGCACACGGCUACUGCACACAGGAAAUGGUGAACCUAUUCCUGACGGGAAAAGCUGUGUCUAACGUGUUUAACGACACGGUGGAGCUGGACUCUGGGGGUGGGGAAACCAUGAUCCUCAGGGGGGUGGGGAGUAGGAGCGAGAUCGGUCUCCUCUCACUCUUCGAACACUAUGGGUCUUGCCAGGUUGGCACCUACAUGAAGACCCCCCGUUACCCCAUCUGGGUGGUGUGCAGUGAGAGUCACUUCUCCGUACUCUUCUGUAUAAGGAAAGAACUCAUGAACGACUGGAAAUACGAGCGCCGCUUCGACCUGUACUACUAUGACGGACUCGCCAGACAGGACGAACAAAUACGCCUCACAGUUGACAACUUACAUCCCUACCAGCCUCCAGGGGAGGGAGAACUAAUACCACCAUUGGAGCACUGUAUCCGGACAAAAUGGAAUGAUGCUACCGUGGACUGGAAUGGUACUGACCCUAUUCUUUAGAAAUUGCUGGGAUACCCAAAGAGAAACACAAGAUUGUUGCUGUAUAUAUGUUUGUUUGUUUGUUUGUAUGUUUCUUUAUUUCCUUGUUUGUCAAUUUAAAAAUUGUUUUAGAAUUGCUACAAGGUAGUUGAUUGUCAGAAUUGUGCAAAUCUUUACAAUAUGAAAUGUUCAUUAAUUAUUAAGUAGUUCAAAAUUUGUUUGUUACAAGGUAGUUGAUUGUCAGAAUUGUGCAAAUGUUCA